AUCUAAUAUUCUUUGGCACCUAACCUACGUAGAAAGAUCUUUUCUAAGCUAAAGCCAAAAUCAUUAAGUUUUUUAUAAGUAGAGUCUGUUCGGAAAGAGAAGAGCCGUGGAAUGUAUUGGGCCCACAUAACACGACUCUUCUCUUUCCGCACAGACUAUAUCAGAGAAGAUUUCCUGUAAGUAAAUAUAAUAUAUGCCUAAAGAUAGUGUUCAAAUCUCGUGUAGUAUUCUUCCUACUGUAUUACUGGCGGCAUCAGAAAAGGGAGUUAGAAGAAGAAAACGCAAUUGUCUAAACUUGUAUUGAUAUAUGUCAAAUGAUGAUGGAUAGAAUUUUAUCAUGAAAUUACACAUAUUUUUGAUAGUUUUAGAUUUUACACAGUUAUGUGUCAGCAUAGAAACCAAUAUCAGCAUUCAAGACCAAUACGAUCUAAGGGAUCAUAUUACAUUAUUACGCGGUAAAAGACAAUUGCCAGAAUACACAAGAUGGCAGUCGAAUUUAGUAACGUCGAAACGAGAAUUCAUCGUUAAAGUAGAUGACGAAGUCUUCAAUCCAACUUAUUCUACCCCGGUCGUGGGUAUUAAUAUACAGUCAGUAACCAAGGAAGGGGAACGCAUAAUAAUCGGAGGAGCCAUUGUACCGCCAGUGCCGACGUCAGGGGCGUCAGGGUUUGAAACAACACCCGUUGAGUACACUCGGUUUGUUCCCCCAACUACUGUCAGAACAACAGGAGAUAAUGAUGUCGUAUAUCCCUUAGUUAAAGAAGUUCAAGGACACGUUCUGCCACCAUUUUCCUUGCAAAAGCAUUCUAACAGGGAUGAAAGUCCUCCAGCUGGCCCACAUUUCAUUACUAGAACUCCAGCUCUUGCUCAACAGUUCGCGCCAAUCACUCCUGUUGCUUUCUAUCCAAGACUAACACCACUGCCAUCACCGGUUACUCCACCUAGUGUAACGAAAAGGAUUCUUCAAUUUACUCCUUCACGAUCUCCACCUUCGUCGGUUAUUGAUAAUACCCGAACAAGCUUGGAUAUGCAAGAUUUUAACAUGUUACAUCCACAGUCAGAAGAAGCAAAAGAAUUAAAAGCUUUUCUAUCACCUUUAGCAAGGUAUGAAAUACAAACUGAUACAAAGGCGACUCGAACAAAUUCACCAGAAUUUGUUACCAAUUUUCCCACUUGGACUGAGGAAACGGAAAAUAUUCCCACGAGGCAAACGGCAGAUCCCGAUACGGAUGUUUAUCAUAUUACUUUGUAUAACGAUGAUGAUAAUGACGUUGAUGGCGGUAAAAAGAAAACAGAAGAUUUACCAGUCGAUGACACACAAAUAGAUAAACGAGCAAAUAGAGUUGUAGAUGCGGAGUCGGAUGAAGAAGCUGACAGCCUUGAUAUUGAUAUGAAAUAUAGCAAUAGAAGGAAUGAAAUUCCAAAGUCCAAAACUAGCUCUAUUGAGACUAUUUCUAGUGUUACUCAGAAAUUAUCUGCCACUCCGCUAAAAUCGAAAACAACAAACGAUGUAGAGGCCCAAAGGCAAUCCACGUGCAGCUUGCUAAAUUAUAGACCAUUGAGAUUUAGUACCCCUCAAACACUUCCAGAGAUAGUACGGCAGUUAAAACAAUGGGAAGAGAAAAGCCCCAUAGUAAAGUUGAUUGACAUAACCGCAAAUAAUUUAACCACCAUGGAUAAUCCGAUAUACAUGAUGAUAGUAGAUGACCCAAGCAGCGGUCAGGUCGUAACAGCCAAGGACAUCGUAAUGAUAGUUGCAGGUAUUCAAGGUCGGGACCACCAUGCAGUGUCAGCAGCCAUGUACCUCCUGUAUCAGUUGAUUGAGCAUACUGACACUCAAAUGGACUUGCUCAAAAAAUUCCGACUUUGGGUCAUUCCUGUGUUCAACCCGGAUGGAUAUGAUUACUCCAUGACUUUUACGCAACGUCGUGAAUGGAAGAAAAAUCUUCAACAAUCAUGGGAGGUGAGCGAUGGCCGAAGAUCGAGCAAGGCCUGCGAGUCAUAUGGUUUUCGGUGCAUCGUGCAGCCUUGUUAUGGGGUGAAUCUUGACCGCAACUUUGAAUACCAAUGGAUACCAGCGGAGGAGCUUCGCGCAGAGCACCCAUGCGGAGACCUGUACGCGGGGCCGCGACAACUUAGCGAGCGGGAGACACGCGCACUCACCACCUUUCUGCACGAGCAGAAGAUGCUUAUAUCCACGUUCAUAGCCUUCAAGGAGGGCGACGUUCUGGGAGUCAUGUAUCCUUACUCGCAUACGAGAAAGAAGCGUGCCUUCGAUGCCAAUUAUAGAAGGAGGGCGUCUCGGGCAGCUUCAGCUGCCUUCGGUAUCAGCGGCCGUCCUUACGUCGCCGGACAAACUUCAGAAUUCCUACCGCUGUACGCGGGCGGUAUAGAAGACUGGAUCGACGGCCACUUAGGCAUUGACAAUACCUACACCAUCAUGAUGUUCCGAGCCACUGACUCCCACAACUCGAAACUAAUGACGGAACACGUCGUUCACGAAGCGUAUGCAGCGAUGGAUACUCUACUGUUGGAGAACAAUGUUGGACCAAUCGAAAUUAAAGCGCUCAACCCCUCCUCCCCUCCCCAGUCAAGCGCCGAGAACACUUUCCCAAACAUAUUCAUUUUGUCUGCUGCAAUACUCUUCUUUAACAGUUGAACCAAAGGCAGACUGAUAGAAGAUACGCCUCAAGUUGAAGUUACAGAAGAGUUUAGGGGUCAAAAAUAUAAGGGCCUGCAAGGUCACAAGUGAAAGUUUCAUAUUCAUAUUUCUCUUUAAAUGUUUUCUCGGUAAGUAAACAUUCAAUUACCUACCACAAAGACAGACACAAUUGCCAAGUCACAGAGCCCAAACAAGGAACGAUUUUACCAAUGAUGUUAUAAAACUGCUCUUAUAUUUGUUAGAUAUUUAGAUAUAUAUGUUAUUCCUUUUCGUACAUGAAUUCUCCAACGAUUGAUCUUAUUUAACCUAAACUAUCACACUCGCAUCGCGGUUUAUUUGGAGUAUAAAGUUGUUUAAGAGACUUGUUAAUAUUUUAUAAUUAUGUAGCUAAAACUAUUAUUUUUACUUUGUCUAAUAAAACUUUUCGUCUUAUGACUAAUUGUAUAUCAGUGGUAUUUUAUUAUCUCCAUUGUAAAUGUUUAGGUACUAAAAUUACGACGUGUUGAAAUUUAUAUACCUUAUGAUUGUGAAACAAUAGAGGGUUACAGAGUAUAACAUAUUAUUGUCUCUUAAUUAUCUACAACACUUAAUCAAAAUAAUCAAUUUUGAAAUCUGGGCUAUCUUAUACUGAGAGGAUUUAACAACGCAAUUUAAAGAAGCUUUGUAAUUUUCUGUAUAAACCAGUCUGCCGAUUUUUGCGAAGGAGGGGCACGUCAAAUGUAUGGCUAUUUGUAUAACGUACAAAUAGCCAUGUCAGAUAAACGUCAACCCAAACAAUACAUAUGACCAUUGGCCGAGGUUUUCGACGGAGGGGCAAGGUCUUAAAAGCGACUCCAGUUGUAAAAUCCUCCAAGAUCGUAUGAGCUCUUUUCAGGUAACCUAAGUAAUAUUUAAUUAAAUAAUAAAUAAAUCAAUAUUACAAGGACAUACACAAAUUGACCAAGUUCCACGGUAAGCCAAGAAGGCUUGUAUUGUGGGUGGAUAACGACAUAUAUAUGGUAUACAAAUACUUAAAUACAUAGAAAACAUCCAUGACUCAGGAAUAUAUAUAUAUAUAUCUGUACUCGUCACACAAAUAAAUGGCCUUACCGGGAUCCGAACCCAAGGCCAUCGGCUUCAUAGGCAGGUUCAGACCCACUAGGCCAGACCGGUCGUUGGUAAUUGCUUUAAUAUUUCUAUAUUUAAAAAAAUACAUUUAUGGCGCAACACCACAUACAACUUACUUGAUAAAUUCAGCUCGUGUGUGGUC